GAACAAAGUAUAUAUAAAGCGCAAAAAAUCGUCAGAUAGAUUAAAGGGUAAUUCUCAAAUUAUCUGACAACAGUUUGAAUAGAAACAAUGAAUAAUAUCAGUGCCUCAGUGUUGCUGGUUUUAGUCCUUAUUGGAUCAUUUGCUGUACAAAGUGUAACUGGAUGUGGCGUCAUUGUAUGUGAACACAGGUCUGCGUACAUCACAUGUCCAUAUCCGUUGACAAUAUCGGUACAAGCUGCAGUAUAUGGGCGGUCCACUGAUGCAUCUGUAUGCCCUGGGGAUAUCAAAACAACUCAUUGCGGAUCAGCAAGUUCAAGCCUUAUAGUCAAAAAGCAAUGCGAUGGCAAAUGUAUUUGUAAAUUGACAGCAAGCAAUAGUAUAUAUGGAGACCCUUGUGUUCAAACAUAUAAGUACUUAGAAGUGGAAUACGAGUGCACUCAGGCUUAUGCUUAGCUUUACAACUACUUUGUUACACGCCGUUA